AUGUCUGUUCUGUGUAGAUAUAUGGUUGAAGUGGGUAUUUUUGAGAUCACAAGUAACAGUUUGGACCCAUUUGCUGAGGCUAAAGAAAGAGAUGCCCCCGGGGCGAAGGAGUACGUGCAUAUCCGCAUACAACAGAGGAAUGGGAAGAAGAGUUUGACGACAGUGCAAGGGCUGAGGAAAGAGUUCAGCUAUGAUAAGAUCCUGAAAGACCUGAAGAAAGAGUUCUGCUGCAAUGGCAAUGUUGUGCAUGACAAGGAGCUUGGCAAGAUCAUCCAACUCCAAGGUGAUCAGCGUAAAAACGUUUCUCUCUUCCUCAUUCAGGCUUCCCUUGUUCGGAAGGACCAGAUCAAGAUUCAUGGUUUUUGA